AUCACUGUUUGGGUCUCAUCUCAAGCUCAGUGGGGUCACUAAAACAGUACUGAGGCUUUAGAAUACAGCUUGAGCAGAAGACUUCACUUCAUGUUGGCCUCCUGUUGAGGUGGGAGCUGCCUAAUGCCAUGGAGAGCAACGUAGUUGAUUAUCGCAUAAGUGUAAUAAAAAGCCCCCCAGGAUGGGAAAUUGGGAUAUACAUUGCUGGAGCCCUGACUUUGCUUGGAGUAGCUGGUCUAUACUUAUGGAAACUAUACACAUCUGGGAACUAUCCUUCUCCAUCUCCUUUUCCUAACUACGAUUAUAGAUAUCUCAAGCAGAAAUACGGAAUGCCUUACUCAGACAAUAAAAAGAAGAGAAGAGCUCCUAUUGAUUCUGGAAACAGUGUAGCAAAUCUCAAUGACAAUUAUGAGACGAUCAGUGAGUUUGGUCACAUAGAACUUAUUAAUAGAGAUCUUGAGAUGACACCUUAUGGGAUGUUACGAAAAUCUGUAUCAACCGACUCACUGAGCUCCAUCUCUUCCAUUGGAAAUAAUUUCGGUCAAGAUUUUACUGUGGGACAAAUUGAAGUCACUAUGGAAUAUGAAAUAAACUCAAACACACUACAUGUGACUUUAAUACAAGGAAAAGAUUUACUUGAAAAAAAGGAGGAUGGUAACUUUGAGUCGUGUUUUGUGCACAUCAGUCUCCUCCCGGAUGAACAAAUUGUUGGCAUAUCAAGGAUACAGAGAAAUGCAUAUUCCGUCUUAUUUGAUGAGAGAUUUUCCAUCCCUCUUGACCCACUGGCUCUGGAAGAAAACAGCCUGAAGUUCUCUAUUUUUGGAAUUGAUGGAGAUGAGCGAAAUGUCAGCACUGGCGUAGCGGAACUCAAAUUAUCAGACCUGGAUUUGGCAUUGCGUGCCUUUAAUACAUGGAUAUAUCUACAAGAUGUCAACAAGGCUACAGAUGCAGUAGGUGAGAUCCUGCUUUCCCUCAGUUACCUCCCAACUGCUGAACGUCUCACUGUGGUGGUGGUUAAAGGAAAAAAUCUGAUGCGGACAGAAGGAAAGAUUACAGCAGACCCGUUUGUUAAAGUGUACCUCCUUCAAGAUGGAAGAAAGAUCAGCAAGAAAAAAACUGCUGCAAAACGAGAUGAUAGGAAUCCUGUUUUUAAUGAAGCAAUGAUAUUCUCUGUGCCAGCCAUUGUAUUGCAGGAGUUGUCUCUGAGGAUCACAGUAGCUGAAUGUGCUGAGGAUGGAAGAGCUGAGAACAUUGGACAUGUUAUCAUUGGUCCGUCUGCAACUGGAAUGGGCAUGACACAUUGGAACCAGAUGUUAGCUACACUAAGAAAGCCAGUGUCAAUGUGGCACCAGCUGCGUCAGAAUUAGUGUUGUAUGUGCCAAUAACCUAUAUGGAAUGUGCCAUCUACAGUGUAGUACAAUCUGGUCUUCACUUGAUUAGAUUUUGACAUUAAAACGGGGAGCUCUGCUUGAUAUGAACACAGUGACUCCCAGUAAGAACAGUUUUAUGUUUAAUUUUGCAUGGGACCUACAGAAUAUGUAAAAGACUGUAGGAUAAAAUGUCUUUAUUUCCAUUUAUAUUCUACAUUAUGGUUCUUCUGGGAUUUACAUAUGCCAAAAAGGGUGAGAUCUUGCACAAAAACAAACAAAAAAAAUAUAUCAUAAUCUGCUUUUCUAUAGAAAUAUUUUGAGUGCCAGUUACCUAAUUAAUGGAAACAAACGUUAUUUGGUGGCAGUAAUUUCACACUGUUUAUAAUGUACAGCUUUCUUAAAUGUACUUGCAUACAACCUGUAAAGACAAUUAUCACACACUUUAUAUAUAUACAUAUAUAUAUAUAUAUAUAUAUAUAUAUAUAUAUA